GUCACUCUGUUGUACAAACAUGGCCACUUACAGAACGAUCAUUCGAAAGCUUACUUUGUUUAUUCUGUUUAAAUUCCCUUUGCUAGAUGCUUUGUCUUUACUUAUGCUUUUUGCAGAACGCGCAUCGAAGGAGAGCGUUCCUCCAGUCAACCCUAAGCUGGUGUAUGUGUACCUGAUAGUUUGUAUUGGAUGUGGAGUGACAAUGUCUGGAAAGUUCAAACUCCAUUUUGCCUGCCUGCUAUACAGUGGACAACUGCUGCUUUUUGCCAUUAAUGUUUACACCAACCCUGCAUGGGAGUACCCACACUGGCAGCGGGUGUUGGUGGCUUGUCGACAAAUUGGAUGCAUGGGCAUAUACAUAAUGCUUGGCAGCAUGAUGAGCAAGAAUAGGUCAGAGUGGUUAUGUCGUAUUGGAGAGGGUUGCUUGGGUCUUUACCUAUUGUCCUAUGUCUAUCUCAUAAACAGCAUCCCAGAGUACAAGAAUGGCUUUCAUGUCCACAUGUUUGGGGGUGAUUAUAUGAGGUUUUUGAUUGCCCUUACAUUAGCAGCUUGUGGCUUAAGCUUCUUUUGUGGCACUUACCUGCGAGACAUGUCUAUCUGCACAGCAAUAACGCUGAUUUUAACAACAGUAUUUGUUGACCUGGACAUAAGCUUCUGGAUGUCACAGGGUGUGCAUCAGUGGAUCCAGAUUCGGCAGGUGAUGAACUGUGCUGGAAUUGUUGUGGGAUUUCUCAUGUUGUGGACCAGUGUAGACAAUCGACUGAAAAUUGAAUAGAAUGCAUAUGCAUUACUUUCAGGGUGUGAUGUGUCUCUUUGUUGGGGACGAGGGGUAAAAGAGAGAUUUUGUGUAUAUGUACAUUAGUGCCCGUGUGCAAAAGCAUCAAUUUAAGCAUUGUCAGUCAUGAUAUAUCUAUGUUGUGUGUUUAUUUGGGGUAGUGCAAAAUUCAGGAUGAUUUUUUUAAAAGAUUUUUAACUAGGUAUUUUAUGGUUAUUUUAUUGAAUAACGUUCUUUAUUUUUAAAAAGACUUUUUUAACAAAAUAUUUUUUUAUUCAAACUGUAGCAUAGUUUUUCGGUGUGGUAUGGCCUUUGUUGCUGACAUGAUGUGUGUUAACCAAUAAAGUUGUGUGCAUAUGUGUGAAAAAGAGAGAGCACAUACAUGCUUAUGCUUUUUUCAUUAUGCUUUUACCACUGUUAAUCAGUGAAGGUAAUAUUCAUUAUAAACCUCAGAUUUUAAAAUUUGUGGAUAUCCUUUGCUUUAACAUUUUUCAGCGUGAUUACAACAUAUAAACACAAUAAAUGAUAGCUAUAGGAUCAAAGUGUCUCCAAACAUAUUAUGACACUUCACAAACAAAAAAGGGCCCUUGGAUGAAAAUAGCAUGAUUGUAUGUUCAUUUUGCUUCAAGAUUUAUCAUUUCAC